UACGGCAAUUCAUUGCCUGAUGGAAGGUAUUUUCAUCGAACUGAACGGUGGCGUCCCCUUACAACAAAAGGUGCGCGUCGACGGCCAGUUCAUUCCGGCGACGUCAUACAGCGGUGACAACCCGCAAUGCUCCAUGGUGGUCGGCUACGUUCAACUCGUCACUAAACAGGCUGACGUGAGGCGGAUAGACCUUGGUAAAUGUGGUCAACACAACAUUGAGGCAGACGCAGCCAUCGUCAGCUACUUACAGCACAUACCCAACCACAGCGCCGUGCUAGCUAUCGGCUCCAACGUCAACAUGUCCACUCUGCUUGGCACGUUCAACUCGACGUACUCCGCACUACAGACGUACGGAGCCACGCUCAAGGAACCAACACUAGGUGACUUUGAGUUCAUCGGUUACUAUGGUAACCACAGCAGCCCGAGCGACAUCUGGUGGGUGGAGCUGACAGAUGAGACGGCACCAGAGAGCACACCUGCGGUUGUUUACCAGCCUGGUCGCCUAGCAACCUACGUCAGCUAUAUCUCGCAUCCCAUAGACGGUAACUGGACGCGCGGCGUCGACACGGUAGACUGCAUCACGCGCUCACUGCGCGACCUUCUCACUAACAAG